AUGUUCGAAACCGACAACAUCGUUCAUUAUGCAUUAGGCGUCCACGACACCAGCCGCCGAUCUCAAAUUUAUUGCCGUGAGGCGCUGGCCUUCUUCGGUCACACAGAUCGUAAUUCAAUUGUGACGUUCUCCAACUUGAAGCAGGUCCCCAACCCAGCUGCACUCGGUCUGUUCUCCUUCGCGUCCACGACCUUCAUUCUGUCUCUCUACAACGUCAACGCCCAUGGAGUCAUUCUCCCCAAUGUAGUCGUCGGUAUGGCCUGCUUCUGCGGUGGUCUUGCCCAGCUUCUUGCUGGUAUGAAUUUAUGCGCCCAUCGCUGGCUCAAGCAACCCAAGACAAACGGAACUGCGGACGAGUUCUGUGUUUACUAUGGCAGUCUCAAUGAAGAGCAGAGGAAGGAUUAUGACAAUGUAGCUAACGUUAGUGUUCCAGGCUAA